CGGUUGGUCCGCCUCUGUCCUCGCGACCCAAUUCGGCUGUUCUCGUCGCGGAGCGUUCAAGUGGAGGAGGAAAAGGAAAGGAGAGGGGGGAGACUGGUCGUACUGGGAAGGCGAAAAGUAAAUAAAAUUAAAAAUUAACACCAACCGUCAGCGAAAAGAGAAAGCGGUACGAAUCGGCAGUUUUGAAGACGCCAGUGAGGUCCAUGCAGAGCUGUUUCCCCCCCAGUCUAUGGUGUAAACACAUUCUCUAGUUAGCUAGUGUAGUUGUGACAUUGCGCCGUGAGCGACACAGCCGAGGGAAAGGUCUCCUCCCAGUCUGUUGACGGAUACAGUUUGGCUUCAUUGAAGGGAGACACGGCUAGACCUGACUGUAGGCUACAUAACACAACACCGGCCAGUGCUGUAUUGCCCAGGAUGUCUUCCAAGGCUCACAGUUCCAAUAACAUCGCCCAUGCUCGGCGGACGGUGCAGCAGCUGAGAAUAGAGGCCAGCAUUGAGAGGAUAAAGGUAUCCAAGGCCUCUGCGGACCUUAUGAACUACUGCAGUGAACACGCCAGAAACGACCCUCUCCUUAUGGGCAUCCCUGCCUCAGAAAAUCCCUUCAAGGACAAAAAGCACUGCACUAUAUUGUAGUGGAUGCCACUUAGCCUUUAUGUCUUUAUUUGUUUGCUUAUUAAUGUUGCUGUAUUCUUUGUGUUGGGAGGAGUGAACGGUGGACUGUGAUCGUAUCAUUACCAUGUGUUCACCGGUUCUGUUAACAAGUCAGCCAUUCAACCAGGAUUUUCUCUAAAACAGCAGUUCGCAAUGAGCAAAAGAAGGCCCCACUAAUGCCACUGUUCACUUUGAGCUCCUACCAUUAACUCUAAGACUUGGGCUGCGUGAGUUGCAAUGGGCAUCAGGUACAUAAUGUUGCUUAAAUAGUAGUUAAAUAGUAACAGCAGAGUAUUAUAUUAGCACUGGCACUCCUCCGUGAUGGAUUUGGCCCUUCCUACUGUAUGUAAACAGUCUCCUCUCCAUUGGGCAGUGACUGUUACUGUCUCUCUGGCCUUAAAUGGAUCCCUGCAGCCAAAGUUUCCCUUCAGUCCUUAAAAAGCAUAUUAGUUUUAAGAUGGAUAACAAUGGCUGUUAUCAUGUGGCUUCAGUUUUCCCACUGAAUUCCAGUGUUGUAGUACUCAAGAUCGGUCUUGGUCUUAAGACCACUCUCAAGACCACUUUUGAAGGUCUCUGUCUCGUCUCGGAAUCGACCUCAUGUAUAUACUCGGUCACGUCUCUGACUCGGAUAAAGUGGACAUGGGAAUGUAUUUCAGGACCACAACUGCAGGGAUAUCACUAAGUUGCCUAAUUGUCUUUGUUGACAUAAUUACUGUGAUUGGAUGUAAAACUUCCUGCUUCAAAUGCAACCAAGAACUUGACUCAUUUCAAUUUGAAAAUGCGCCCCCCCCCACACAUAUCUAGACAGGAGAAGUUCCGGCAGUCUGGCACUGGUCUGGUGGUUGGUGCUUUUUGCCCCCAACAUCUCCUUCCAGACAGCGCUGCAAUGGUUAUGUUUAGGGUUAAGGUUAGCUGCCUGGAAGGCAACGGUGGAAACAAAAAAAACCACCAUCGAGGCUGGUCUGACUCGGUCUCGGUACACUCUGGCCUUGGUGAUUACUUGGUCUCGGUUUAGGUGGUCUUGACUACAACACUGCUGAAUUCAGUGGUCAGGGUUUACGUGGAGCCUCUACUUGAAUGUUACCAUGACGUAUCUUCGAUUGGGGGGAGACAGUAUUGUCGCUAUAUCUGUUGUGAAAUUCAGAUACUCAAAGUAUUCUGCAACCCAGCUCGGACUGGUUCAGGACAAUCCUCAUGCUGUAUAAAUCCAUCUUUUUCCUGUCUGGUAUUUGCAGUAUGAUUACCAUGAGACAUUGUUGUCUGUAUCUGAUUUAAUGAACCAUCAUGUGGAGAUAAAUUCCACAUAAACAUCUGUAAUCCAAGAUCAUCUAUGCUCAGAUUUCAAGCCAUUGGGAUAGUAUGACCCCGGUGCUCUGAUGUUUUUUCCAGCUGUACAUGU